AUGUCUGUUCAAAUCUUGACUUAUGGAGCUCGUUUGCACCAAAUUUGCGUCCCAGACAGACAUGGAAGGGUUUCAAACGUCAUUUUAAACUGCGAAAAUGUCUCAGAUUACGUUGAAAAUACCGAAAAAGCGACUUUUUUGAAUGCAACUGUUGGCGGGCGCUCGAUUGGCGUCAUAAAAAACGCAAAAUUCUGUCUCGACGGCGAAAAUUAUUUCUUAAAACAGAAUUUAGAAGGCAAAAAUUACUCUUCCAACACCCUCGACAAUCAAAUUUGGAAGCCUUACGUUACUUCUUGUGGCGACAUCAUCAUGUCAACCAUUUCCAAAGACGGCGAAGAUGGAUUUCCGGGAGCUCUUUUCAUUCAAGCGCGAUUUUCGUUGAAAAAAACGAACGAAUUGAGCAUUUGUUACUCCGCUCAUGCCACGGAAGCGACUCCUUGUGACAUUUCGAGCCGAAUUUUCUUCAAUUUAGCGGGAAAUUCAACGUUUAACGACCAAAAAACGACACUUUAUGAUCAUAUUUUGAGUAUAAAUGCCUCGCAAUUCACCUUUAACUUGCCCGAUGGAACUUCUUACAAGAAAUUAAUGGAAAUUUCGGGCACUGAACACGAUUUGCGCAUUCCGCAGCAACUUGGAAUUGCGAUUUCACGACAUCCUGAUAAGGGAUUUGACUGUUUUUAUAAAAUUUUAUCUCAAAAUGAUAAUGAAAAUGAUAAAAAUGAACUGAAAUUCGUGUCAAAAGUAGUUGAACCUCGUUCCGGAAGAAUUUUGGAAAUUUAUACGACGCAAAAUUAUGUUAGAUUUAACACCUGCAACGAUUUUCACGAACUAACGCCCAUUUUUCCGGAUUAUGACUUGGAGUUUUUAGGUUUGACGGAGUUUCCAAAGCGAGAAUUGAAGUUCAAAACGAAGAAAAUUGAAGAAAUUUCAGUUAAAAGUGCUUCAAAUCCAUCAAUUGAGGUUUCGGAAACGACUUCAGAGCAAAAAUCGACCAAAUCUUUGACAAAAAGUUCAGAAGAAGGUCCAAAUGAAGCUUCGGAAGAUCCAAAAAUUACUCCGACAGUCUCUGAUGAGGCACAAAAGUCACAAAAUCUGUCUUCGAAGCACUCUGAAGGUUCAAAAAUGAAGCCAAAUGAGUCUCAGGAGUCAAAAAAUUCAAUUAAAAUGGAUUCAAAACACUCAGAAUUGACAAUUCAUGAUUCAAAGCAGUCAAUUAUUGACUAUGAAGUUUGUGAAGAUGAACUUUUAAUGAAAAUUGAGGAGAAAAAUGACACAAAACCCUUAUCGGAAAAGUUUUUGAAGCAUUCUGCGUUUUACAUUCAACCACAAAACUUUCCAAAUGCCGUAAAUCAUCAAAAAUUGUAUGGAGAUAUUAUUUUAAGACCAGGAAAAACUUACAAAAACGAAAUUCUCUUGAAAUUCGGAGUACACACAGGGACCGUAAUAACCAAACCUGGAAAGCCAAAUCCCCCCAAACCCGAAGAAACCCCCAAAAAUUGUUGUCACCCGACAUGCCCUCGUCGCCAUUUAUCCCGUUGUUGCGAUUAUUGCGACAAAAAUUGCAAAUGUGAAUAA